ACUUGGUUGCACUCUGCCAUGCAAUUAUCCUUUCCCUGGCUGUAGAAUCAAGCCUCCGUGCCAUGUUUGGAGAGAAGAAUGUAGACGAGGCAACCCGCAACCUCAGCUAUGCAAUGCUACGCCACAAGGACGGUCACUUGGCCCAGUCAAAGAUAUUCCAUUACAUGAAGGAGCGCGAGUGGUACGAGGCUGCUUGGAUCGCUGCACUGAAUUCCACAUCUAUACCAGUUAUGUACGUGUUCGGCCCCGAGGACUGGUUCCACGUCAGAGCUGGAUUUGAGCGGUACCAGCGAGAAGUGCCACGGGCCAAGGUGGCUGAGCUGGCUCGUGGGAUUGGUCACACUCCGCUGUGGGAAGCCCCACAGGCCGCCGUGGACGUGCACCGCGACUUUCUAGACAGCGUUCAGUGAUACGUGUGAUUUACCCACGCUGCUGAUCAACACUCCUCCAGCACUCUGCCGGUGGUUGGAGGGUAAAAUAGUUACGUGUCGUCCGUCUGCUCUGCCGGUUGUACAGGAGAAUUUACAGAGUGCGUACGGGCAGCAGCCACGUCUGUUGUUCGUGGAUGCCGCGUAAGUUUGGCGUGUGUGCGUGUGUGUGUGUGUGUGUGUGUGUGUGUGUGUGUGUGUGUGUGUGUGUGUGUGUGUGUGUGUGUGUGUGUGUGUGUGUGUGUGUGUGUGACAACAAACCUGUGAACUCCCGCUGAAAAAUUCCUAAGCCACGGGGAGUGCUUUUUACAACACAGCUACUGUCCGUGUAAUAGUUUGGUACCUUAGGACAUAUCCAUUCUGUUCUGCUUGAAGCAGACCCGGCUGUCGUAUCAUGACAAUCAAACACUGCUACCGGGCAUACUACAUGCAGUGCCGGUCAUCAUGCGUAAGAGGAAGGACCAACGUGUUACGGGUUAUGACUAACCAUCCACCAACUCAUAACAUUCUUAUCCUUCCUCUUGUACAUGACUCCUGUUGGCUCAGCAUCCGAGUUUAAAUAAACCCAUGUAGUAGUCAUGGAAUUAUGCAAUACAUACCUGAUUAU